GCCUCCUAGCAAGUCCUGGAGCCGCGGUGAACCAGCCGGCUGAGCCGGGCGCCGGGACACUCACCGCGUCGGCGACGGCGGCGCUCGCCCGGGGGCAGAGAGCGCGCGACUCCGGGCUUGGCUGGGCGACCACCGCCCCGCGCCGGGAGCCCCGGCUCCCAGCCCAGAGAGCCCAGAGAGCCAGGCAGCGAGCCGGGGCGCACUCUGCAGCCCCCCGCCGGCCCCCCGCCCCCGGCUCGGGUGGGGAGGGGUGAAGAAUGUGCCACCAGCUGUUCCCCGCUCGCGGUCGCUGCGCCCUGGAGUGAGCAACUUGGAGACAAAAGGCUGCCAUCCGGACUCCAGGAGUUAGAGACCCGGGUCCGGGCCGAACAAAAGGGGCGCCGGACGGGACGGGCAGGGGCGCGGGCGAUGGCCUCCGGGGAGCCCCGCGGGCUGGGGUUCCGGGGAGCCGCGCCGUGACGCGCCAGGGGUGCCCCCCGGACCUGCGGCGGGACAGACUUCGGCGAGCCGGACGGACGCCGGCCCCGGGCGAGCUGGGGAGCGCACGGGAACAAUGGACAACUUCUUCCCCGAGAUUAGAAGAGGAACCAGAGCUUUAGCUGCUCAGCUCUGGCGUAUGUCUUUGCUGGGGCUCGAACCCGGACUGUCAGGCUUGCAAAUCCAGUGCUCUGGCCCACUGAGCUCUCCCUGGGGCCCUCCCAGCUUUUAUUUCUCUGCCCUUGACUGGUUACCAGGGAAAUUCAAGGGCGCCCGGGUCUGGCUGCGGGAGAAUGGGCAGCACUUCCCCAGCACCGUCAGCUCCUGUGCGGAGGGUGUCGUGGUUUUCCGGACAGACUACGGACAGGUGUUCACGUACAAGCAGAGCACAAUCACUCACCAGAAGGUCACGGCCAUGCACCCGAUGAACGAGGAGGGCGUGGAUGACAUGGCUGCCUUGGCAGAGCUCCACGGGGGUGCUAUCAUGCACAACCUCUACCAGCGCUACACGAGGAGUCAGAUCUAUACCUACAUCGGCUCCAUCAUCGCCUCGGUGAACCCCUACAAGCCCAUCGGCGGGCUGUACGAGCGCGCCACCAUGGAGCGCUACAGCAGAUGCCACCUGGGCGAGCUGCCCCCCCACAUCUUUGCUGUCGCCAACGAGUGUUACCGCUGCCUGUGGAGGCGACACGACAACCAGUGUGUGCUCAUCAGCGGGGAAAGUGGUGCGGGGAAGACUGAAAGCACGAAGCUGAUCCUCAAGUUCUUGUCAGCCAUCAGCCAGCAGUCUCUGGAGCUGACCUUGAAGGAGCAGACGUCCUGUGUGGAGCAGGCCAUUCUGGAAAGCAGCCCCAUCAUGGAGGCGUUCGGCAACGCAAAGACCGUCUACAAUAACAACUCCAGUCGCUUCGGGAAGUUCGUGCAGCUGAACAUCUGCCAGAAGGGGAAUAUUCAGGGCGGGAAGAUUGUAGAUUAUUUAUUAGAAAAAAACCGAGUAGUCAGACAGAAUCCGGGGGAGAGGAAUUAUCACAUAUUCUAUGCACUGCUGGCAGGGCUGGAACAUAAAGAGAGAGAAGAGUUUUAUUUAUCUGUACCAGAAGACUACCACUACUUGAAUCAGUCUGGAUGUGUAAAAGACAAGACAAUCAGUGACCAGGAAUCCUUUCAGGAAGUUACUGCAGCCAUGGAGGUGAUGCAGUUCAGCAAGGAGGAAGUGAGGGAGGUGUUGAGGUUGCUGGCUGGAAUACUGCAUCUUGGGAACAUCGAGUUUAUCACCGCUGGGGGCGCCCAGGUCUCCUUCAAAACGGCCUUGGUCAGGUCCGCAGAGUUACUUGGACUGGAGCCAGCACAGCUCACGGAUGCCCUGACCCAGAGAUCCAUGUUCCUCAGGGGUGAAGAAAUCCUCACGCCUCUCAACGUUCAGCAGGCGGCGGACAGCAGGGACUCCCUGGCCAUGGCGCUUUAUGCCCGCUGUUUUGCGUGGGUCAUCAAGAAGAUCAACAGCAGGAUCAAGGGCAAAGAUGACUUCAAAUCCAUCGGCAUCCUUGACAUCUUUGGAUUUGAAAACUUUGAGGUGAAUCACUUUGAGCAGUUCAACAUCAAUUAUGCAAACGAGAAGCUCCAGGAGUAUUUCAACAAGCACAUUUUCUCUCUGGAGCAACUGGAAUACAGUAGAGAAGGCCUCGUGUGGGAAGAUAUUGACUGGGUAGACAAUGGAGAAUGCCUGGACUUGAUCGAGAAGAAACUUGGCCUCCUCGCCCUGAUCAAUGAAGAAAGCCAUUUUCCUCAAGCCACUGACAGCACGUUACUGGAGAAGUUGCACAACCAACACGCUAAUAACCACUUUUAUGUGAAGCCUAGAGUUGCAGUCAACAAUUUUGGAGUGAAACACUACGCUGGAGAGGUUCAGUAUGAUGUCCGGGGCAUCUUGGAGAAGAACAGAGACACCUUUAGAGAUGAUCUUCUCAACUUGCUCAGAGAAAGCCGAUUCGACUUCAUCUAUGACCUCUUUGAGCAUGUUUCAAGCCGCAACAACCAAGACACUUUGAAAUGUGGGAGCAAACAUCGGAGGCCCACAGUCAGCUCACAGUUCAAGGACUCUCUGCAUUCCUUAAUGGCAACACUGAGCAACUCUAAUCCUUUCUUUGUUCGCUGUAUCAAGCCAAACACGCAGAAGAUGCCUGACCAUUUUGACCAGGCCGUGGUGCUGAACCAGCUGCGGUACUCAGGGAUGCUGGAGACGGUUAGGAUCCGCAAAGCAGGCUACGCCGUGCGAAGACCCUUUCAGGAUUUCUACAAAAGGUAUAGAGUGCUGAUGAGGAAGGAGGCGGUGCCCGAGGACAUCAGGGGCAAGUGCACAGCCCUGCUGCAGCUCUACGAUGCCUCCCACAGCGAGUGGCAGCUGGGAAAGACAAAGGUCUUCCUUCGAGAAUCCUUGGAGCAGAAACUGGAGAAGCAUCGGGAGGAGGAGGUGACGCGGGCGGCCAUGGUGAUCCGGGCCCACAUUUUGGGCUAUUUGGCACGGAAACAGUACCGGAAGGUCCUCCUGGGUGUGGUGACCAUCCAGAAGAACUACCGAGCCUUCAUCCUGAGGAGAAGGUUUCUGUGCCUGAGGAAGGCCGCCCUGGUGUUCCAGAAGCAGCUCAGGGGUCAGAGGGCCCGGCGUGCCUAUCGGCAGCUGCUGGCUGAAAAGCAGGCGGAGGAGGAGAAACGGAGGCGGGAGGAGGAGAAGCGGAGGAAGGAGGAGGAGAAGCAGAGGCAGGAGGAGGAGAAGCGGAGGCAGGAGGAGGAGGAGCAGAGAAAACGAGAGCAAACACAGAAGGAAGUUGAGCUCCAGGCCCGACAGGAGGCGGCCGCGGAGAAGCAGAGGGAGGACCAGCAGGUGGAGGCCAUCCUGCGGCUGGAGCGCGAGAUCGAGGACCUGCAGCGCCGCAAGGAGCGCCAGGAGCUGUCUCUGAGCGAGACGGAGCUGCGGCGCCUGCAGGAGCUGCGGGACCUGGAGCUGCGGCGCCUGGAGGACGAGGCCUGCCGCGCCGCGCACGACUUCCUGGCCUCGCUCAACUUCCACGAGAUCGACCAGUGCGUGCGCGACAUCGAGCGCUCCCUGGCGGCGGGCGCGGGGAACUGCAGCCGGCCCGGCGGCCUGGGGCAGGGGCGGCGCGGGGCGCACGGCCAGCGGGAGGAGGACGACGAGGUGGACGAGGGCUUCGGGGGUGCCGACGACGAGGCCUUCAAGGACUCGCCCAACCCCAGCGAGCACGGCCACUCGGACCAGCGCACCAGCGGCAUCCGCACCAGCGACGAGUCCUCCGAGGAGGACCCCUACAUGAACGACACGCUGGCCCCCGCCAGCCCCGACUCCACCCUGCUGCUCGCCGCCUCCCCCUCCGCCUCGCCCCCCUCCUCCUCCUCUUCCUCGGCCGGGGACCGCACCUACUGCGUGCCCCAGCACCCCGGGGACCCCCCGGCGCCCCAGGACGACGAUGCCCCUGGUGACUACGACUAUGGUGACUACGCGCCCCCGGGGGAGGACUCGGCCGACGGGCCCAGCACUGCGGGCGGCAGCGUGGCCUUGUCGCACUCGGGGUGCGGUCAGUGGUCCCCCGACUACCGCUGCUCCGUGGGCACCUACACCAGCUCCUCCGGCGCCUACCGCUUCAGCUCCGAGGGCGCACAGUCCUCCUUUGAAGACAGUGAGGAAGACUUCGACGCCAGGUUCGACACAGAUGAUGAGCUGUCAUACCGGAGGGACUCUGUGUACAGCUGCGUCACGCUGCCUUACUUCCACAGCUUCCUCUACAUGAAAGGCGGCCUGAUGAACUCGUGGAAGCGGCGCUGGUGCGUGCUCAAGGACGAGACGUUCCUGUGGUUCCGCUCCAAGCAGGAGGCCCUCAAGCAGGGCUGGCUGCACAAGAAGGGCGGCGGCUCGUCCACGCUGUCGCGGCGGAACUGGAAGAAGCGCUGGUUCGUGCUGCGCCAGUCCAAGCUCAUGUACUUCGAGAACGACAGCGAGGACCGGCUCAAGGGCGCCUUGGAAGUGCGCACAGCCAAAGAGAUUAUCGACAACACCAGCAAAGAGAACGGCAUCGACAUCGUCAUGGCCGACAGGACGUUCCACCUCAUCGCCGAGUCCCCCGAGGAUGCCAGCCAGUGGUUCAGCGUGCUGAGUCAGGUCCAUGCGUCCACGGACCAGGAGAUUCGAGAGAUGCACGAUGAGCAGGCAAACCCCCAGAACGCUGUGGGCACCUUGGACGUGGGCCUGAUCGACUCCGUGUGCGCCUCUGACAGCCCCGACAGACCAAACUCGUUUGUGAUCAUCACGGCCAACCGGGUCCUUCACUGCAACGCUGACACACCAGAGGAGAUGCACCACUGGAUCACACUGCUGCAGCGCUCCAAGGGGGACACCCGAGUGGAGGGACAGGAGUUCAUCGUGAGAGGCUGGCUGCACAAAGAAGUAAAGAACAACCCCAAGAUGUCCUCACUAAAGCUCAAGAAGCGGUGGUUCGUGCUCACGCACAAUUCCUUAGAUUACUAUAAGAGCUCGGAGAAGAAUGCCCUGAAACUCGGCACCCUGGUCCUCAACAGCCUCUGCUCCGUGGUCCCCCCGGAUGAGAAGAUCUUCAAGGAGACAGGUGAGCGGGGUAGACGGUGUGGGGACUCUCGGGACCCCCAGCCACAGAAUUCAGAGAGGGCUAGAGUGAGAUUCCUCCCUCGGUUGCCCCUCAUGACAUCAGUUCCUCCCCCCCCCCCCCCAAAGAGCUGUGGUCACGUUCUCUUCAGAGGAUGCCCCCGGUUCAGCAGAAGGUUCUUUCUUUUUAUUUGUUUGUUUGUUUAUUCAUUUAUUUUCCCUUUUGUUGCCCUUGUUUUGAGAGAGGGAGAGAGAGAGAGAGAGAUAUGGAGGCAAGGAAAUAAAAUAAGAUCCCACGUCAGGAAUAGCCCCUGUGCACCUGCGCGCAUGUUACCGUCAGCUUGCUUUCUCCCUCUAAUGGCUUCUCUCUGCAUCUUCAAGGAGAACUGCCUCAACUUGGAUGUGGUGGAGCAGAUUUACAAGCGGAACCCCAUCCUGCGCCACACCCACCACCCCCUGCACUCCCCGCUCCUACCCCUCCCCUAUGGAGACAUCAACCUCAACCUGCUCAAAGACAAAGGCUACACCACCCUGCAGGACGAGGCCAUCAAGAUCUUCAACUCCCUGCAGCAGCUGGAGUCGGUCUCGGACCCGGUGCCCAUCAUCCAGGGCAUCCUGCAGACGGGCCAUGACCUCCGUCCACUGCGGGACGAGCUGUACUGCCAGCUCAUCAAGCAGACCACCAAGGUGCCCCAGCCGGGCAGUGCGGGCAACCUGUACAGCUGGCAGAUCCUGACCUGCCUCAGCUGCACCUUCCUGCCCAGCCGCGGCAUCCUCAAGUACCUCAAGUUCCACCUCAGGAGGAUCCGGGAGCAGUUCCCAGGCACGGAGAUGGAGAAAUACGCCCUCUUCACAUACGAGUCCCUGAAGAGAACCAAGUGCAGAGAGUUUGUGCCGUCCCGGGACGAGAUCGAGGCUCUGAUCCAGCGGCAGGAGAUGACGUCCACCGUGUACUGCCAUGGUGGGGGCUCGUGCAAGAUCACCAUCAACUCCCACACCACAGCCGGGGAGGUGGUGGAGAAGCUGAUCCGGGGCCUGGCAAUGGAGGACAGCAGGAACAUGUUCGCCUUGUUUGAGUACAACGGGCACAUUGACAAAGCCAUUGAGAGCCGGACCAUCGUGGCGGACGUCUUAGCCAAAUUUGAAAAGUUGGCUGCCUCAUCAGAAGGGGCCGAGCUGCCCUGGAAAUUCUACUUCAAGCUCUACUGCUUCCUGGACACGGACAACGUGCCCAAAGACAGCGUGGAGUUUGCCUUCAUGUUUGAACAGGCCCACGAAGCCGUCAUCCACGGCCACUACCCUGCCCCGGAAGAAAACCUCCAGGUGCUGGCGGCUCUGCGGCUACAGUACCUGCAGGGCGAUUACACGCUACACGCCACCCUGCUGCCCCUGGAGGAGGUCUACUGCCUGCAGAGACUCAGGGCCCGCAUCAGCCAGUCCACCAAAAGCUUCAGCCCCUGCGAGAGACUGGAGAAACGGAGGACCAGCUUCCUGGAGGGGACGCUGCGACGCAGCUUCCGCACGGGCUCCAUGGUCCGGCAGAAGGCCGAGGAGGAGCAGAUGCUGGACAUGUGGAUCAAGGAAGAGGUCUGCUCUGUGCGAGCCAGCAUCAUCGACAAGUGGAAGAAGUUCCAGGGCAUGAGCCAAGAGCAGGCCAUGGCCAAAUACAUGACCUUGAUCAAGGAUUGGCCCGGCUACGGCUCAACGCUCUUUGAUGUGGAGUGCAAGGAAGGUGGCUUCCCCCAGGAGCUCUGGCUGGGUGUCAGCGCUGACGCUGUCUCAGUAUACAAGCGUGGGGAGGGCCGGCCCUUGGAAGUCUUCCAAUACGAACACAUCCUCUCCUUCGGGGCGCCCCUGGCAAACACCUACAAGAUCGUGGUGGACGAGAGGGAGCUGCUCUUUGAAACCAGUGAGGUGGUGGACGUGGCGAAGCUCAUGAAAGCCUACAUCAGCAUGAUCGUGAAGAAACGCUACAGCACCUCACGCUCCGUCAGCAGCCAGGGCAGCUCCAGGUGAAGACGGAGCCGGAACCAACUUCUGCAUCUGGAAGCCUCCACCCAAAAAAACAGAGCCCUCGCCCCGGCUUUCUGGAAGCCCCUGGGUGGGGAAGGGCUGUGACUCUGUACAGGGGUCUCUUGCCCCCUGUUCCUAAGUGACCAUGCAUUCAGCUGUCACCUUUAACCUCUAGCCACCUGCCCCGUGUCCAUAACUUCACUCCUCUUUGAUGACACAUGCCUUAAAAGAGAGAGAGAAGGAAAAAAAAAGAGAGAGAACAAAGCCACACCACCACCACCACCAAAGCAGCCAGAUGUGCCUUAACGCGUGGAACCAACACUCAGUGACCUUAACUGUGCUAAUGAAGGACGCCCCCAUCCUGUGGGAAGCAGGGCAGGGAGAUUUGCAGAGCUUGGAGGUGGGGCUGCUGGACCCAUCACUGCUGCACUAACCUCCCGGCCCGAUUUCCCCACUUGUGGGGGGAAGGUGAGGGCACGGGAUGGGCCCCGGGGAGCCCCAGGGACAGUGUGUCUUAGAGAGACAGUGUGUUUUCAGCGGGGUGCUGCAGGCAGCCUUCCCGGCCAGUGUGUAUUAACCUUUUAUUCCCCCCCCCUCCCCCCGUCUCAGCCUUAAAGCCUGCACACUCACCUGUGUGGGCAGGUGUGCGGGACCGCCUUGCUUUUCAUCUCUGUGCCACAAGCAUCAAGGGAGAAAGAACGUGCAAUGGUGUAAACUGUGUAUUUUUUGAGAGUCGAGAGAGUUCUAGCCUGCAGUGCUACCUUUCUAAGGGAGAUGCUUUAGUAACGACCCAGAAGCCUGGAUCGCUCUUCCUUCCCCUCUCCCCUACCCCUUGCCCCCAUCCCCACCCCACCCCUGUCUUUACUGGACCUCGGAAGCCACAUUUGGACUCCCAUUUUAGUGGCUGUGUAGCAAAGCCUGCCUUCUGUGUCUGCUGCCUUUCUGCGCAGAUGUGCAGCCUCCAAAUAGCUGUAUUUAUGAACCACUCCCAAGCCCCUGGCUCCACGGCUGCCUUUAGAGUUCUUAUGAAGACAGUUUGGGGGCCUCCUUUCUAAGCAGUUUAAAUGAAGAGAGGCUUCUGGGAAAGUUAGCUUGUAUCACUCCAAGACAGGUCACUAUCUAAUAAUCCUGCCAGGCCCAUAGAGAAAGAGAGAUGCUGUGGUCCCACAAGGCAGAUACAAGAGGACAUCUUCCAGGCACCCCCGACAUUAAACAAUGAGGCUUAGAAAGAAAGAAAGAAAGAAAGAAAGAAAGAAAGAAAGAAAGAAAGAAAGAAAGAAAGAAAGAAAGAAAGAAAGAAGGAAAUCCGUUAUUUAUCCCCAACCGAUCAUGGUCUGAACAAGCUCGACACCUGUAAAUAAAUCAGUGUUGAGGACCAGAAAGAAAUCUGGUCGAGGGACUUUUUAUUUUUAUAUGGAAAAGAGCUGUAGACAUUUAAAGCCAACUCAGUCUGUCCACAAAGAGAUACAGAAACCUGCCUUAAUUCUGUGGAUUUCCACGCCGAACCACCAUCUGUGGGCUCAGCGGAAGCCUGACAAUAAAAGAUUGUUAGCUAA